GCCUCAUGGUGGGCGAUGCUGGGGGACCUGGGAGAUGCUGGGGGCUCAUGUCCUGUGCCCAGCACCCCGCAGCCCUUUGGGGAACACCACCGUGGGGACCUCAUUCCUACGGCCCCAUCCCAGCAGCCCCAUCCCCAUGGCUGGUUGCAGACAGGGUUGCGUGAGCACAAAACACGGCGUGUGCUGUGGGUCCCGUAGUAAACAGUUUGCACAACUGGCACCGUUGCGAAGGCCGUGGGUGCGUGGCGGGUUGGGCAAUGCCUUGUUGACCCCUGAGAUGUGGGUUUCCCCAGGGACGAGGUGGCACCAAGCCGGGCUGGCAUUGUCCUGCAGUGGGGCAUUGCCCAGGGCCAGGAGCUGCUGGCAACCCCAGCCCCAGCACUGGGCCUGUGGGCGGCAUGGGGAGGGCAGCCCACGUCCCCCUGCCAUGUAUCCCUGCUGUGUCCCCCUGCGGUAUCCCCGUGUCCUCCUGCUGCGUUGCCAUAUCCCCAUGCCAUGUCCCCACAUCCCCCUGCCAUGUCUCUUCGCUGUGACCCCCAGAGCAGUCCCACUGGCGGUGCCCCAUCCUGCAGUGGGGCGGAGGACUGGGGCGGGGUGCCGCUCCCCCCGGGAUGCGUGCGUGCCGCUCUCCUUCCUGCGGCGCAAGGCAGCCCAGCCUGCGGGGAAGUGUUUUGCAAUCACCUCCUUCAGAGAGCAGCAAUUAACGGCACUGGUUUUGAGGAACUAACGGCGAGUGCAGCAUGCUGGCGAGCGGGCAGCGCACAGACAGCCACCGGGAGAUGGAGAGCAGUAGCGGGAGCGGGUGGUGACGGCAGUACGACACAGAAGGCGUGGAGCAGAGCUUAUCUCUGCCGCACAACCUCGGCUCCUUGCUCGCUCCAACCACAAAUCUCUCCAGCAGCGGCCGGCGAUCCCUGCGAUACGAUCAGCUGCAGCACAGCGGGGCGCGGGGAUCUCGUGCCACAGAACCGGGCAGUGCGGUGCCGCCCCUUCCCCACUUGCUGCCCCCCGCUCCAGGUGAUGCCCGGAGCACGGAGCAGAGCAUGGCCAGGCGUGGUGCCAGGACCCCCCUGCUGCUGUGGCUCUCCCUGCUGCUGCUCCUCCGCCCGAGCGGGACCCAGCAGAGUGGGGCAGAGCUGGACUGCGCCUCGGUGGCCGUGGGCGCUCCAGUGGUGCCAAUGGGAUCAGCCAUCACCGCGUCGUGCACCGUCCGCCGGGAGCGGUGCCGGGGGCUGGAGGACGGGCGGCCGCGCAUCUCCUGGCUCCUGGACAGCGAGCCGAUGGCUGGGAAGCAGCACCACGGCACCGGGGGCACUGAGGUGUCUGAGCUGAGCGUGCCGCAGCUCAACCGCACGCAGACCAAGCUGUGGUGCUGCGUGGAGUGGAACGGCACCAAGCAGCGGGUCGGCGUGGCCGAGGUCCGGGCAGGCUACCCCCCCGGCAAGCCCUCCAAUCUCAGCUGCCUGCUGGACCUUGGUGACUAUGGGCUGACGUGCCGCUGGCAGCAGGGAACCGACGGCCACCUCCCCACCAACGUCACGCUCAAGUGUACCAUCAGGAGCAGAGCCCCAGCGGUGACGGGCUGCACCCCACGAAAGGGACACAACCAGUGCACGGUGCCGCGGCGGCUGCUGCAGCUGUACCGCCCCAUGGAGCUCUGGGUAACAGCCACCAACGCGCUGGGCACAGCCGAGUCGGAGCGGCUCCGCAUCGACCCCAUGGAUGUGGCCAAGCUGGACCCCCCCACCCUGCAGAGCAUCCACUCUGUGCCUCCCCAGACCGACUGCAUCAUCCUGUCCUGGACCAUGUCCCCACGCAACGCGCACAUGGAGCUGCGCUGUGAGCUGCGCUACCGUACCCCCGAGGACCCCUCCUGGGCUGUGGUCACAGGUAUCGCAGGCCAUGCAGGCACUGUGCAGCACUGUGGGUUCCUCUUCGGGAUGCUGUACCACUUCCAGAUGCGGUGCCGGCGGGACUCGGCACGAGGCUACUGGAGCGAGUGGAGCGUGGGCAGGAACCACACCACCCAUGAGAAAGCCCCCACGGGGAAGCUGGACGCGUGGUGGAGCACCCGGCCAGCCGCGGGCAGGAUGGAGGUGCAGCUCCGGUGGAAGGCCCCACGGCGGCAGGAGGCGAACGGGCGUGUGCUGGGGUACCGGGUAGUCCUGGGGCCCAGGAGGAGAGGCAGGGAGCCACAAACUGUCUGCAACACCACCGAUACCCAGUGUGACUUCACCGUGCCAGCGAGGAUGUGGAAGGUCUAUCUCUCAGCCUACAAUGCCGCUGGCGAGUCAGCAGAGACCGAGGUCAUCCUACUGGAGAGGAAAGGUCAGCCUCUGGCCGGGCUCUGGGCUGUACCCAGGGGUGAGCGCAGCCUCUGGGUGCACUGGGAGGCAGCGCCAGUCCCAGCGGUUGCCUACGUGCUGGAGUGGCAGCAGGUGUCCUCAGAGCCUGGGCACUGCAGCACAUGCUGGCAGUUGGAGCACAAUGGGACCGCCACUGCCGCCCUCAUCCAGGACAGCAUUGAGCCCUUCCAGCGGUAUGACAUCUCGGUGUACCCCCUCUACAAGGAUGCCGUUGGGACACCUGCCCACAUAGCAGCCUACUCCAAGCAGAAGGCACCAUCCCACGCCCCAAAGCUCCACCUGAAAAGCAUUGGCAAGUCCCAGGCCGAGCUCAGCUGGGAGCCGGUGGCCGUGGAGCUGCAGAACGGCUUUAUCACCCACUACACUGUCUUCUGGGCCAACAGCACCACAGAGGUGUCCAAUGCCGUUGUGAAUUCCUCCCUCAGCUCCUUCACCAUCCAGGACCUGAAGCCAUCUACUCUCUACAAAGUGCACAUCAUGGCCUCUACGGCCGGCGGCAGCACCAAUGGCACCAGCCUGACACUGGUGACCACAGUGCUAGAUGACAUCGAAAUCCAGUUCCUCUUCUUGACCCUGGUGCUGGUCUUUGUCCUGCUCAUCGUCCUGUUGAUCUGCUUCCAGAAGAAUGGGAGGGUGAAGCAGCAGUUCUGGCCCAGUGUCCCCGACCCAGCCAACAGCAGCCUGGGCACGUGGGUGCCGGCGGAGCAGGAGCCCCUGCAGGCCCCCGGCGUGAAGGAGCCUGGCCUGGUGACCAUCUCCACUGUCACAGUGCUUGACAAGGCAGCGGGGAAGCAGGCCCCCACCUGGGGCAAGGAGUUCCCAGCCGAGCUCCCCGCCCUGCCCCAGCCCUACGUGCGGCAGCACGGCCCCAGCACACCGCAGGCCAACGCGGGGCUGGGGGCAGAGCCCGUGCAGUACGUGCAGGUGGUGGGGGGCAGCUCCCUGGGCCCGCAGCACGUCGCCCCGUGCCUCUACCUGCGCUCCAGCUCCACGCAGCCACUGCUCUCGGACCCCAGCCCUGAGCCCUACGAGAACCUCUGGUUCCGCAGGGCCGCCCCGAGCUGUGCCCGGGGGAGCCUGGAGGAGCCGCUCCUCGAUUUCCCGCUGCUGCGGGGGCUGCGGGUGAACGGGGCCGAGGAGCUCCACGACUUCCAGCCCUGCUGAGCCCCGCCGCGGACCAAACCCAACCCCCUGUGCCAAGCCGGGCCUGGAGCCCCCCGCUGCCACUCCAUGGGGCUGAAACCCCAUAGGGGCCCUUCGCUGUCCCCCUCCCACCCUGCGGCUGCCCGUGGCUGCAGGCGCUCGGUGCCCCUGCUCUGCCCAGCAAUAAACACAGAGGUUCUCAGA